UAUAAAAGUAUGAAUGUACAAGACGAAUAAUACAGCAAGAGACGAAGAAACAAUAAUGAAGAUUUUUUCUUCUUCAAUUGAUAGCUUUUUGAAAUCUCUUGUGGUCCUCUCUCUCCUCCUCACUGGCUACGUGACAAGCACGAAAACAAAAAAGCCCUCAGCCGUUAACCAUUAUGGAGAUAUAUUAACCCCACCAUCAGCUCCAAUUUCGAAUGGGGAUAAUGAUAAUGAUGGUUUUGGCUUCUUUGACAUAUUCCAUUUUGGAUCGAUUUUCGGCAAGCAACAACCCAAUAGGCCAGGAGAUGGUGGAGGAGAAGAGAUCCCUCCUGAAUACGAAGAAGGCUCCACCACCAAAUCCUUAGGCUAUUGGAAGAUUCAUUCCCAAAAUGCCGGUGUUGCUGCCAUGCACAUACAAUUGAUGCCCAAUGGGAAGGCCAUUAUGUACGACUCCACAAGCAAUGGGUUAUCAGAAAUAACGCUGGACCCACCCUCGUGUGCACCCCGAGUAGGAGGCAGACAAACAGAUCCAGAACAAGAUUGCACUGCGCAUGCCAUUGAAUAUGACGUCGAGACAGCUCAAAUUAGGACCCUCAAGUUGGAAACCAGUCCCUGGUGUUCAUCCGGUGGCCUAAACAAAAACGGAGACCUUGUCUCAACAGGCGGAGACAAGGCCGGUUUUCAGUCAGUCCGAUUACUAAAACAUUGCAAAAACUGCAACUUCCAAGAGAACCAAAGAGCCCUAUACUCCAACCGCUGGUACGCAACCCAAGUAGCUCUCGACAACGGUAGCUUCGCUCUCGUGGGCGGCCGCAACGCAUACAGCUACGAAAUCAUCCCUCCCGACACCCUCACCUUCACCCCACAACUAAUGGAACUCCCUCUCCUUGAAGACACUGACGACGACGCUGGGCGCGAAAACAAUCUCUACCCCUUCGUCAACCUCCUUCCCGACGGCAACCUCUUUGUCUUCGCCAACUACAAAUCCAUUGUUCUCAACCCUUACACUGCCGAAACCGUGCGCGUGCUCCCGGACUUACCUGGAGGCUCCCGCAACUAUCCCCCUUCCGCCAUGUCAGCACUCCUCCCCAUAAACCUCGACAUUCAGGACCAGAACCUGAUCAAAAUCGAGGUUCUCAUUUGCGGAGGGAACACCCGUGAGUCGUACAUACUCGCGGACCUUCAGCAGCCGAAGAGAACUUUCUUGGAGGCCGCUAAGGACUGCGGGAGAUUGAAUUUGAAUGUGGAAAACAGGCAGUGGGAGAAAGAGGACAUGCCUUCUCCACGUGUCAUGGGGGACAUGCUGCUACUUCCCAAUGGUGACGUGCUCAUGAUAAAUGGGGCAAAGGCUGGGACUUCGGCUUGGAAUGCUGCAAAAGAUCCCAACCUCACUCCCGUUCUCUAUAGUCCUAACAAGAGAAUAGGUGAGAGGUUCAAGGAGCUCGCGCCCACUGUUAUUCCGAGAAUGUACCAUUCGGUCUCGGCUGUCUUGCCGAGCGGCGAAAUCCUUGUGGCCGGAAGCAAUACUAAUCCCUUCUACAUGCUUGAGAAAUACGAGGAUGAUUUCACGUUCUCGAGUGAGCUUCGUGUCGAGAAAUUUUACCCGCCCUACAUGGCGCCAGACCAGAUUAAGUACCGGCUUGAGAUAUUGAGAGGACAGUCGGAGAAUUUGUUGAAAUACGGUGUUGAGUUUGGUGUGGCGAUUAAUGCCAAAGGGAAUGAGAAUAUUGGGAAAAACGGGUACGUAAAGGUUACGAUGUACUCUCCGCCUUUCACCACGCACGGCUACUCUCAGAACCAGAGAUUGCUCAUUCUGAAGCUCAAGGAAGUGACAGAUGAGAAGAUCACGGCAGUUGCGCCGCCAUCACCCACGCUUGCGCCACCGGGAUACUAUCUUUUGUUUGUUGUUUAUCGUGACGUUCCCAGCCGUGGAAUCUGGGUGCACAUUCAGUAGAUAUUAAUCUGUCCAGAGUGAGGGCGAAUGAAUUUGCCUUGUUGUUGUGCAUGACACUGACUUGUUUUAUUUUCUUGCCUUCUUCCUUGGUGUACUAGUUCAAUACUAAUGAUCGAUCAAGUAAUAAAGCGAGACCAAAGGUGGACUUCUGAGAUUCGGAAACAA